AUGGAGAAUGUGAUGGCUGAUGCUUUAUUAAGAAGCGUACCAAUUGCUAAUGAAGAUGCUGAGAAACUUUGUCAUGGUAGCUUUGGACCAAUUACAGCUGCUGUGCCAACAUGGUAUAAUGAGAUUUCAGAAACCUACAUGCAAGAUCGGAAAGCUUGGGGAAUGAUUUCAUCUAAAAUACUAAACCAGACACAUUCUCAAUCAUCCCAUAUCCUAUUGGACUGGUCUACUACUAAAUAUGGUCGCACGACUCGCGGGGCUCUAGAAUCGGUCAAAACAAUUCACUGGUCAAGGUACAUCAAGGGUGAUGAAAACCCCAGAAAACAAAGGAAAAGGAAGGGCGAUAAAAACCCCAGAAAACAAAAGGAAAAGGAGAGAAGAGACUAA